AAUCUCAAGCGCUUUAUGCGUGAAUUUUCUAUUGAAUCAAUGCGAAGUAACGCGGACCCAUUGGAAAGGCCUGUACAUCUGGACGGUCUGUUAUUGGAACGUGAUGGUGAGCUGAACAAGGAGUUCCGUCAAGAGAACAAUGACGGCGCAUUAUCAUUGGAAGAACUUGAGGAGCGUAUCAUUAACAAUACUAGAGCUCAUCUGGAAGAAGCGGUCAUGGAAGCUCAAUCUCAUUUCAAUAUUGUAGACACAAACAAGGACGGUCAGAUAUCAUGGCAGGAGUAUGAACCACACUACCUCUCUAACGAAUCCCCUAAAGAUGGACACGAACACGAAAGGGUCGACAAUAUUGGUAAAGUCAAGCGCUCAUUUCUGUUUGAUGAUUUUUGCAUCAUUAAUUUGGCUGCUUUCAUAGUCCGCGAUUUGGCCCGCAAGCGAGCGAGGGCGGCGCUUGCCCCUUGUUUACAACUGAAUCUUAAUCGAUAUCGCCGGACGAGUAGUCCCCCGUCGCUCGCUCGCGCGCUCGAGGGCCAAAACGCGGACUAUGAAAGCAGCCAUUCAUUUUUCAUCUACGAAGACUUUUUCAAAGAUUCCGUCGCUGACGCUGUGCGAGCCUUCGAGAGUGCUGAUCUGGACAAAGACGGUGCACUUGACUCUAAAGAAUGGCUAAGGUAG